AUGAGCAAGACCAAUACAUCCCUGAACACUAUGGUGACAGAGUUCAUUCUCCUGGGUUUACCUCACCCUCCAAAUCUACGGAUGCUCCUGUUCCUGGUCUUCUUCAUCAUUUACAUCCUGACUCAGCUGGGGAACCUGCUCAUUCUGCUCACUGUGUGGGCUGACCCAAAGCUCCAUGCUCGCCCCAUGUACAUUCUUCUGGGAGUGCUCUCCUUUCUGGACAUGUGGCUCUCUUCAGUCAUUGUUCCUAGACUUAUUCUAAACUUCACUCCUGCCAGCAAGGCUAUCCCAUAUGGUGGCUGUGUGGCUCAGCUAUAUUCCUUUCACUUCCUGGGUUGCACCCAGUGCUUCCUCUACACCUUGAUGGCCUAUGACAGGUACCUGGCAAUAUGCCAGCCCUUGCGCUACCCUGUGCUCAUGAAUGGGAGGCUAUGCACAAUCCUUGUAGCUGGAGCUUGGAUAGGUGGCUCCAUCCAUGGCUCUAUCGAAACCACCCUGACCUUCCGCCUGCCCUACUGUGGGCCCAACCAAGUGGAUUACUUUUUCUGUGACAUCCCAGCAGUGUUGAGACUGGCCUGUGCUGACACAACUGUUAACGAGCUUGUGACUUUUGUGGACAUUGGUGUAGUGGCCGCCAGCUGCUUCAUGUUAAUUCUGCUCUCCUAUGCUAACAUAGUCCAUGCCAUCCUGAAGAUAAACACUGCCGAUGGGCGGCGAAGGGCCUUCUCCACAUGUGGUUCCCACCUAACUGUGGUCACAGUCUACUAUGUCCCCUGUAUUUUUAUCUACCUUCGAGCUGGCUCCAAGAGUCCCCUAGAUGGGGCUGUGGCUGUGUUUUAUACUGUUGUCACUCCCUUACUGAACCCCCUCAUCUAUACUCUGAGGAACCAGGAUGUGAAAUCUGCUCUGAAGAGGAUAACAGCAGGUCACUGGGCCACAAAUGAAGAUAAGUAA